GCCCAUCCACCCAUCCAUCCUCUUUUGUGGCUGAGGUGAAAAAGCGCAAGGGAGUAGGGGGAGCAACGAGUGGCGGCCACCACUCGAUCGCCACAUGGCGCCUCCUCCUCCCUUUUCCCUUCCUCUCUGCCUUCUUGGCCCUCUUGCAGCCUCAAAUUCCAAAGCCUUCUUCUAUCCUCCUUACCCCCUCCCAAAUUCUCAAUUUCCUCUCUCGUCCAAAGGGAAUCUGUUCGUGGCUGAGAUUUGUUCUUGCGCUCGCGAGAGUGAGAGAGGCCGUAUUCUCGGUUUUAGGUUUGCCGACCUCGGUAGCUCCCUGUCUGCCGCUGUCUUUCUUCCAACUUAUGAAAAGGAUCUCCCACCGCGCCAGCUCUCCGCUUGGUAGAGACCGAAAAGAACGAGCUUUUCUUUCUUUCUUCGGUUCUAUCAUCAGGCUAGGGUUUCUUUUCUGGUUUUUCCGGCGUCUUCUAUGUGACGCUGUUGUAAUACCGUGACGAUGUGUUCAGCGUGAUGGUGCAAAUUUGUAGAGCUAUGAGGUAUUUUUAUCGCCAAAUGGAGCGGUUGGUUGGAGAUAUGGAGGGAGGAGUGCUGCUCUUUACAGGUGCAUUUGAAUCGAAGGAACUUUUUUGUUUUAGCUUAUGAGAUUUGGCAAUGGAGGGGAGCUCGUCUGGGGAGGAUUUGAUUGUAAAGAGGAGGAAGCCUUAUACCAUCACAAAGCGGAGGGAGAGGUGGACAGAGGAGGAGCAUAACAGGUUUCUGGAAGCUCUGAAACUUUACGGGAGGGCAUGGCAGCGUAUACAGGAGCAUGUUGGUACAAAGACAGCUGUACAGAUCAGGAGUCAUGCACAAAAGUUCUUCUCGAAGUUGGAAAAAGAAGCUCUUGCAAAAGGCAUUCCUCUAGGGCACUCUCAUGACAUAGAAAUCCCACCUCCACGACCUAAAAGAAAACCGAGCUUCCCAUAUCCUCGGAAGGUUGAUGUUGGUUCUCUUUCUCCAUUUGAGGAAUCUAAAGAUGAAAAAGUGUCAAAUUCUGCUGCUUCUCAAGAGAAGCCUGUUGCGACAGAAGUAGAACAAAGAACAAAACGGACAUCUGGAGGUGGCAGCUGCUCAGAAGUCUUUAACCUUCUCCAGGAUGUUCCAUCUGCUUCCAUGUCUUCGGCAAACAAGGGUUCUUCAAACAUUUGUACGUUCCAGCAUUAUGUGAAAGAAGUCAAAGAUAAGGCUGCACAGGGUGAAUCCUCAAAGACUGUUAAAGGUAACUAUGAGGAGGAGAAAAAAGAAGCAGAUCACACAGACAUAGAUGUAGAUAGACUUGGCAGAAUUUCCUUGCAUUCACAAUCAAAAUUUGCCCAUGAAGAGAGGAGAGAUGCAAGAAAGGAGACUGAAAAAUUUGGCCCAUCAUUGGAAGAUAAUCAGCAAGGCGCUCAAUGCUACUCAAAGCUUAUUCCAGGGCAAUUCAUGGACAGAAACAAUGCAAAGUGCAAGCAGACUGUAUGUUCUAAUGAAUUUAUCAUGCCAGGGACAAAUCAAGUUGAAGCUCACACCGAUGUUAAUCCAUUCAAGAAUCCUAUUACUUUACCAGGACAUGAAAGCUGCAGCAACUGUACGGUGCCUUCUGCUCAUCAACAAGUUCCAGUGUUCCCACCCUUUACCCAAUUUGGCAGCAAUCAAGAUGCUUACGUAUCAUUCCUGUCAUCUGCUUCUUCAAGUCUCAUAUUGUCCACCUUGUUGCAAAAUUCAUCAAUUCAUGCUGUAGCAAGCCUUGCAGCUUCUUUCUGGCCGUCAGUUAAUGCCAAUGCCCCUAUUGACUUGACUGCAGGAAAUCUUAAUGGAGGCAUGUCUGAAAAACAAUCAAACCCAUCCCCAAGUAUGGCAGCGAUUGCUGCUGCCACAGUUGCAGCAGCAUCUGCAUGGUGGGCAACCAAUGGAUUGCUGCCAAUGUUUCCUCCCUUUCACCCAAGUUAUGCAUUUGCACCACCAUCCACAGUACCAGGUCCCUCAGUGGACAUGGCUCAAGCUCCAGAAGACAAUAAAGAAAAGAAAGAUGACAGACCUCAGAAUCUUUUGCAGGAAGAUCACCAGCAAAUCAUGGAUCCAGGACACCCGGGGGCUCUGAGAACCACACAGAAGGCUUCUAAAUUGUUACCAUCUUCAGAAUCAGAGUUAUAUGAAUGUGGAAGAGGUGAAAGGUCUCUGUAUGCCAAACUAAAAUCUUCUGCAGCUGACCAGUUUGAAGCACUUCCAGAUACUGGAUUUCUGGACUCUGGCAAAACACAGCAUAAUAAGAAUUCAAAUCGCUCUUCUUAUAGUUCCAACACACUUUCCAGCAGUGAGGUAGAAACUGAAACCAUGAUAAAGAAGCACAAAGAAGUCAAUGAUGAAGCUGAACAAGUCCAUUUGGAUAAUCAUCUCUUUGGUGAGGCUAGCAAUCAUCGACUUGGUAGUAGCAGAGUCACCAAUGGCUCAUGGAAGGAGGUCCUUGGAGAGGACGGACCUGCCUUUCAAGCACACUCCACUAGAGAACUGAUGCCACAAAGGUUUUCACAACUGCAGACUAAUGAUGAUGAAAUGCCAAAUUUAUGCAAAGACAAGGAAGUUACAGCAUUGCCAGUUGAUCUCAGAAGAAAGGCAUGCGAAUCAACUAAUAAAUUUAACAUUGACAGUGAAGAUACUUUGGUGAGUGAAAUUGAAAAUGGGAAGCUGAAAGCAAGUCGAAGAGCAUUUAAACCUUACAGGCGAUGUUCUGUGGAAGCCAAGGACAACCAGGCAACUACUGAUGAAGGGAAAAGCGACAAGAGAAUACGUAUGGAAGGGUAAGCAAUCCCAGUAGCAUGCAUGAAAAACUUUGGUAUAUUCUUGGCAUGUAACCAUUAGAUUUUAUUUUUAAGAUUCACGGGAUGUAAGGAUUUGUCAUGCUUUAAUAUUUCUUGGACUCAAGCAUCCACUGCCUAUAGUUGUGUCAUGUAGCAGAACUUAAUGCAUGGCUAACUACAUGAAAUUUGGCCUUAAAA